AUGGACGAAGGAUCGAUCGGAAACGAGAUAGACAGCGAGAGACAAGAAACAGAUGAUGGUGAAAACCCUAAGUUGCCGCCAACUACGGUAUCCAAAGAGGAUCAGAAUGAUGCCUAUAGUUCCCCCUCCAGCGAAAUCCAUUAUCUUCAACUCUCAGAUUUUGUUGGGUAUCUUGUUGAAACCAGUCAGGAGGCUAUUGGAAGCAGGUUUAUUGUACAGAAGCUUGAAACUGCAACGAUAGAGGACAGAAAUAAGGUCUUCCUGGAACUAAAACCUCAUUCACUUACUCUAAUGAAUGACAAGUUUGGGAGUCACGUUAUCAUAUGGUUCUUUGAACAUGGACUAGAUUUGCAGAGAAAAGGAUUGGCUGAGGAACUUUUUGGUCAUGUGUUUAGACUUAGCAUUGAUCAGCAUGGUUACAGAGUGAUUCAGAAGGCAUUGGAACUUGUUGAUAUGGUCCAAAAGAUAAAAAUCGUUAGAGAGCUCGAUAAUCAUGUUGACACGUGUCUUUAUGAUUCGAAAGCUAACUAUGUAAUCCAGAAAUGUGUUGAAUUUGUUCCUGAAGAGCAUACGGGGGUCAUUGUUUUUGCUUGCAUAGAUCAAAUUGUUAAAUUGGCACAACAUACUUAUGGAACUAAUAUCAUACAGUUUGUGCUGGAGCAUGGAAAACCUGAGGACCGUUUUAAAAUAGCUGAAAAGUUAGCUGAAAACAUAGUUGAGGUGAGCCUGAGCAAGUUUGGAUCGAAAGUCAUUCAGAAAUGUUUGUUUUAUGGCAGUCAUUGUGACCGUAGACUUAUCUUAAAUGCGAUUCUUGGAUCCUCGGAUAGAAAUAAGUCACUUAAGACAAUAGUGAAAGGCCAGUUUGGAAAGUUUGUUGUACUUACUGUUCUGAAAACGUCUGAUGGUGAGCAACGAGAGUUGAUCUUGUCGCGAAUUAAGAUGUAUCGUCUAGAGAAAUAUUUGUCCCAGAAAGACUGA